AUGGGCUCAGGUCACAGCUUCCCCGUCGCCUGGCGCGACAUCCCCUCCAACAUAUACCAAACGGUCUCCUUUAUCUGGUGCCUGCUCCACGACGAAAAGCUCAACGACAAGCGCAGGGCUCUCGCGAGCCGCGGCCUUAAGGACCCCAUCGACUUCUCCAACGUUCACCAGCCCGGCGCGGGCGUCUUCAUCACCCAGGACACGGCCGGCGUCUCGAUCCCGAUGGCCUACGUUCCGUCCAACGUUACUGCCACGGGGCCAAUCGCCAUGUCCGUCGGCUCGGCCGCGGAGCAGGACCCCGAGCUGGCGGCGUGGGUGGAGCGUGCGCCGACGGUCAUGGUGAACCUGGGGAGCCUGAUGGAGUACGACGCGGCCAGGGCGCGGCCCAUGGCUGCGGCGCUCAAAAUCAUGUUGGAGCGGACGGGGGUCCAGGCUUUGUGGAAGCUGAACCGGGCCGAGGGCCUCAGAGACGAGGACUGGAGGCCGUUGGUAGAGGACUUUAUCGCGAGCGACCGGUUGAGGGUCUCGAAGUGGUUGCCCGUGGACCCCGCGACCUUGCUCGAGACGGGGCACAUUGUAGCUUCCGUUCACCAUGGGGGUGCGAACUGUUACCACGAAGCCAUCGCAGCCGGCGUGCCGCACCUCAUCCUGCCGGGCUGGCUCGACCUCUACAACUACGCCGCGCGCGUGGAGGAGAUCGAAGUUGGCAUCUGGGGCAACAAGAAGACAGCCCCUGGAUUCUCGGUCGACGAGCUUAGCAGCGCCUUUCUGAAGCUGGUCGACGGAGGGCCGGCUAGCGUCUUGAUGAGGGAGAAUGCAAAGAAGAUCAGCAGAACGCUGGCUCGCCCAGGCCGCGACGUCGCUGCCGAUGAGAUUGCUAGACUUGCGGCAUGGGGCCACUGA